AUGAUCCUGAUCCCGGCUGUAGCAGAGGUCGUAUCAGGUGACCUCCGCUCGCCAGGUAACGAGCGCCAACUACGAGAGGUAAUCACUGACUUCGGAGGCACAAAGGGGGAAGCCCGCGGGAUGCAAGAUGCCGAGAUUGCCUCAUUUGAAGGUAGUUCUUGCGUUGGCUUCCGCCGAAGGUGGGCGAAGCGACAGAAAAAGAUGGACAGCUGCUACGUUCCAAACAACCCAGCAUACACUGACUGCUGGCGGCCGCUGUCACCCACCUGCGGCCAGGCGCCCGUGCUCACGCCCCUGCGGCCCUUGGCGGCGCCCAGCCCGCCCGUGCACCCACCGCCUGCGUACCCGCCCGCGCGGUCCCCCCUUCCGCCCACCAGCCACGCGCCGGACUUCACACCCGCCCGCACGCCGCCAGAUGCCUCCGAGUCCUCGAUGUACACGUCCACCACGCCGCCCACCCACUCCACCUCCGUGGCGACGACGAUGGGCGCCUUCCCGCCCCUGUUCGACCUGGAGCCCCUGCCCAACUUCGUGACGCUGUCGCCGCAUGCACCCUACAAACCGCCACGCCCGCGUCCGCUGGCCGCCGCUCUAACGCUGUGUUCCUCCCCCAGCAAGGAGGCGAGCGGAAUGCUGGGGAAGGAGAAGGGGGACCACAUGGCCGAUGUCCUGCUGUCCCUGAAGCACGCCGUGGUCCAUCCGCACCAGACGUUACCGAGUAUGAUGGGCGGCAUGAGCGCGGGCGGCUGCUACACGUCCGGCGGCUACCAGGACGCCACCUACGCCUCGUCAGCGCCUCCGCACAUGUUCCCCGCCAUGAGUGUUAAUGUGUCCAUGAACAUGACCAUGGGCGUGUCCAACGUGAACAUGGGGUACUCGCCCGACCCGUCGCUGCAACACCAGCCUCUGAACAUCUUUAAUCAUCGCGACUUGAACCCCCAGUGGCCGGCGAGUUGCGCAAGUCAGCAGGUGACCUCCGUGUCCCCGAUCAGCGGCAUGGGAUACCCACAGCCCUCGGCUCCGGGUAUAGUUAGCCCUCUACCCGUACCGUAUAGUGGGUCUUGCAGCCAGGGCUACAGCGUGGGUUCUUACUCGUGGGCGGGUGACCUUCGCUCCGAGCACCCGCCCAUGCCGAGUCUGGAUCGUGACCUCUGUCUCAGGUCACCGCCGCUGCGACCUCGCCCGGGAUCGCCUGGUGCGCCAUACCCCAACUCCACACCACCCGGCGGCCAACUGUCGCCUACCCUGAGCGCCCUCCGCAGGCGUCCCAGCUCCGUGGGGAUGUCCGGCAUCACGAGCUCCCUGGAUGUAACUAAACCCAUGAUGAGCGACGGCCUUAAACCCAACCUGUGUCGCAUCUGUGGCAAGACGUACGCUCGGCCGUCGACACUGAAAACGCACCUCAGAACACACAGCGGCGAGAAACCUUACAGGUGUAACGAGUGCAACAAAUCCUUCAGCCAAGCGGCCAACCUGACGGCGCACGUCAGGACACACAGCGGCGAGAAGCCCUUCCGGUGUCCCAUCUGCGACCGCCGCUUCUCCCAGUCGUCUUCGGUCACCACGCACAUGCGCACGCACUCCGGCGAACGUCCCUACCGCUGCAGGAUGUGCAAAAAAGCCUUCAGCGACUCGUCCACUCUCACCAAGCACCUGAGGAUCCACUCCGGGGAAAAGCCGUACCAGUGUAAAUUGUGUUUAUUGCGGUUUAGUCAGUCCGGGAACUUAAAUCGCCACAUGCGCGUCCACUCACAAACUUCCUGA